AUGGAUCUUUUCAACUUUGUUCGCGAGGGUGUCCAAUUGUUCGGCGCUCAAGCGCUUGUGGCUACUGUUGUUGCUACCUUGACAUAUGGUGUCAGCCGCUGUAUAUACAACGUCUAUUUCCAUCCGCUUGCGAAAUAUCCAGGGCCAAAACUCGCAGCCAUCACCGAUCUGUGGUGGGCCUUUUCUUCUACAUCUGGAAGAUAUCCCUGGAUCAUUGAAGAUGCACUGAAGAAAUAUGGAGAUAUUGUCCGUAUUGCUCCGAAUGAGCUCGUCUUUGUAACUCCUCAAGCUGCAAAAGAUAUAUAUCUUGCGCAGGAAAAACACCUCGAACUGUUUGUCCAAGUCGGUUAUGAUGCAGUCGACACUGGUGAUGGGGGCAUAUCUGGCGAACCCAACCCUUCAAGACAUUAUGAAAUUGCUCGAAGGGUAGCCCCUGCUUUCAGUAUGCGAAAUUUUAAAGCCAAAGAGCCAAUUGUGCAUAGGCAUAUCGAUACUUUUGUUCAAAGGAUGCUCGAAGUUGGCACCCAAAAACGAGGGGCCGAAAUGCAGCAGUGGUCAGAUUGGUUGGCAUUGGACCUUUCAAUGGACAUGACGUACAGCGUCAAGAUGGAUCAGAUGCUGAAUAUGAGGGAUUCGAUUCCGCUAAAGUCCACCCUGAAGUUGAAUUUCUUCUUGGCUAUGAGCCAGAUUACGAGAAAAUUCCGCAUCCUUAGUCCUUUGAUGUACCUAACUAUACCGCCGUCGAUUUGGUUCACGCUCCCGAAACUGAUGGCCAUGAACUCCGAAAACAUCAAGGCGCGCAUCGAACUUCGCAACCAGAGGGAUCAUUCAGGUUCAGAUUAUUUCGAGCAACUUAUUCCCGCCGACAAACCUGUACCUCAUGGAAAGAAAGAAAUCUAUCAUCUGGAAAAUGUAUUGGGACAGCUGCUGAUUGCUAGCUGGCAACCUCUAGCCAACCAAUUCUAUAGUCUCCUUUACUUCCUUCUCGGCGAGCCACAAGCCUAUGCAGCGGUGGUAAAGGAAGUGCGGGCGGCAUUCUUGAACUACGAUGAUAUCACCUCUGAGAGUACGACCAAGUUGGAGUAUCUCAAAAGCUCUACAAAUGAGAGCUUUCGCUUGCACCAGGACACAGUCGACGGAUUACCUAGGAUCAGUCCUGGCGCGAUCGUGGAUGGCACAUACAUACCGUCAGGAGUCACAUGCCAAAUCAGCUAUUUCGCAGCUGCAAGGAGCCCGCGAUUCUUUGCGGAACCACUCAGAUUCUGCCCAGAACGGUGGCUGCCGCGCGGGCACCCGCGAUACGAUGCACGCUUUGAAAACGACGAUUUAAAGGCCUCGAAACCUUUUAGUCAGGGCGUCCGAGGCUGCCCUGGUGGACACAUUGCAUCGUCUGUCCUUCGACUCUUUGCAGCCAAAGUCCUGUGGCAAUUUGACCUAGAAUUGGAUCCCGGCCAGGAUGUAUCAUUUGAGAGAGAUUUCAAAUUUCUCGUGUUUUGGGAGAGGCCCCCGUUCUUCAUCCGAUUCAAAUCGGCACAGAAAACAUCCAUAUGA